AUGACGUUUCUCGGUAUUCGUCAGAAAGUCGUCGGAAGAGAAUCCCCCUGUUUUCUUGUAGUGUUGUUUUGUUAUUGCUCCGAUUAUUGCAGUAACGUUGGGAGGAUUAUUGUUAAGGGGUAUGACGCCAAGCUUCCACAUGAUGAUGUUGAAAGCGCUUUGAGAAAAGUUUUCUCAUCAUGUGGAGAGAUCAAUGAUAUUUUUAUUUGCGAAACUGAAUAUCGUCUCUACAGUGAUGCUAUUAUUUAUUUCAUCGGAGAAGGCGCAGCAGAAAAGGCUUUGCAACUUAGUGGAAGUGACGUUGGAGGAUGGAAGCCCAUUGUUACACCUUAUCCUUUUCCGGAAACUGCAGGCCGUUCCCUUAUCGUUUGUGUUACUGGAUAUGACAACUCCCUUAGUAAGAUUAAAAUCGAGCGGGCAUUGCGUCAACAUUUCUCUUCAUGUGGACGGUUGCGUGACUUCGACAUUUCCAAGAAGUUUGCUUCAGCUGAAUUUGGUAUUGUCGGAGAAGAUGCGCAAGACAAGGUGAUGGAGCUUGAUGGAAGCGACAUGGGUGGACGCGAAAUACAUGUUAAGGUUACUUCUGGGGCAGUAACUGCUGUCCACACGAGGCGUUAUCGUAGCAUACCUAACAGGAGGGCUUGUAAGGUGCAACGAUGUUAAGUAUCAUACAAUGGAGGAGCCUUUCUAUAUAAUUAUGUUCUAUGCUUUUUUUUCUUG